AGAGGCAAAUGGAGGAAUGAGCCUACUUAGAAUUACUCCUUCGACUCAUAGUUCUGUUUCAUCUCAACUAUUGAGGCUUAGCAUCUUUCUACUACUUAGCCUUUCUGGCUCAAAAGGAAAAGCCAUUUGGACAGCCCACCUGAAUAUAACAUUUCAGGUGGGAAAUCGGAUUAUAUCUGAAUUAGGAGAGAGUGGAGUGUUCGGAAAUCAUUCUCCUUUGGAAAGGGUGUCUGGUGUGGCGGUACUUCCUGAAGGAUGGAAUCAGAAUGCUUGUAAUCCUAUGACCAACUUCAGCAGACCUGAACAAGCAGACUCUUGGUUGGCCCUCAUUGAACGGGGAGGCUGUACUUUUACACAUAAAAUCAACGUGGCAGCAGAGAAGGGAGCAAAUGGGGUGAUCAUCUAUAACUAUCCAGGUACGGGUAACAAAGUAUUUCCCAUGUCUCACCAGGGAACGGAAAAUAUAGUUGCAGUAAUGAUAGGCAACUUGAAAGGCAUGGAACUUUUGCAUUUGAUUCAGAAAGGAGUCUACGUGACGAUCAUCAUUGAGGUGGGAAGAAUGCACAUGCCAUGGCUGAGCCAUUAUGUCAUGUCUCUCUUUACCUUCCUGGCUGCCACAGUUGCCUACCUUUUCUUGUACUGUGCUUGGAGACCUAGAGGGCCCAAUUCUUCCACCAGGAGGCGAAGACAGAUGAAAGCAGAUGUGAAGAAAGCUAUCGGUCAGCUUCAACUGCGAGUGCUCAAGGAGGGGGAUAAGGAACUAGAUCCAAACGAAGACAGUUGUGUUGUUUGCUUUGACAUCUACAAACCCCAAGAUGUAGUACGUAUUUUAACUUGCAAACAUUUUUUCCAUAAGACGUGCAUUGACCCCUGGCUUUUAGCACACAGGACGUGCCCCAUGUGCAAGUGUGACAUUCUGAAAACUUCAACCCAGACAAUCUUCUGA